AUUAUUUUCGGAGGCAUAUUGCUAGGAUAACAUUUGAUUUUGGAUUCAGUUGUAAUUCUACCGUUCGCAGGCACUGGUUGCUCCGUUUCCACGCCAUCCACACAGCAUCCAGCAUCCGUCCUUCGAUUCCAGCCAUCGCAACCCAAGACUCAAGACCAUACGAAUACGAAUGCAAAUACAAAUACAAAUACAAAUACCACCCACAGUCGAAAGGAGAGGAGAUCUGAAUGGAGCGUUGCCUGGUCAAGGAUUUCACUUUCGCUUUCUGAGCCAGUUGCCCAGUUGCCAGAAGCAACCGUUUGUCUUCUCCACUUACGCCACUGAACUUCGGCGCCUUUGAUUUACAUACAUUUUGGACUUUCAAUUGUGGAUCUUCGUUAAGCUAUGAAGCUAUGGUCCAGGAUCUUUAAAACUGAAUCUAUGGAUUAUAUUUCUGGAAAUCUGAUAAUUGGAUUCUUACCUCUGUAGUCUCAUCUUUAAAAUUCUCUACUUGGAUUUGGAUAUUUUUAUUAUGAUAUAGGAUUCUUGUCAUCAAAACGUUACUUAUUGGACUUUUUGGAUUAUAAAAUUUUUAUUAGAGUUUUGCAAAAUUCGUUCUUGAUAAAAAUCGUAUUUGAAAAAUUUGAAAGACUUUGGAAAUCUUUGUUGAAAGAUCAUUCUCAUUGAUCUUACAAACCUUCGAAAAUUUCAAUCUUAACAUUUAGCCAUGUGCUGGACUUCCGAUUUAAGUAAAGAAAACUUAAGAAAACAGCCUAAAGUUUUAGAAGAAACACUUUUCGGAAUCAUCUGAGAACCGCGGAUACAUUCACCCAGUUUAGGGAUCACCAAUUCCAGCAGACUACGCUCCACCUCCGGCCAAACGAAUGCAUUCGCGGUACGGCUUUGACUGCCAGACGCGCCACCACCACCUCCAACAGCAGCAGCAGCAGCUCCAGCACCAUCAUCAACAGCAGCAGCAUCACCACCAUCCGUCACCAACUUGCCCCAUUCCGUUGGAGUCGCCACCAACGCCGCCAGUGAUCAGUUCCACCGCCGCUGCUGCCGUGGCCUACUCGAAUCUGCUGGAGAAGUGUCGCUGCAAGCAAUCCGUGACCACGAAUCCCGCGCCAGCACCACCGCCCGCCCAGCUCCAAUUGCAGUUGCACCACCAUCAUCAUCACCACCAUCAUCAGACCUUUGUGGCCAGUGCCAGUGCAACUAGUUAUAGCAAUUGUUCUGGGAUUGGUUUGGGAUCGAGAACGGGUUCGGGUAGUGGAACGGGUGCCAGUGCACCUUCCUCAUCGGCAAACUCUUCUUGUACCGCCGGCACCGCAACAAGCAUAACCGGAGGAUCCUCCAGCACCACCAUGUACCACCACCAUCAUCGACGGCACAACAAUUUGUCCUACUGCGGUGUUUCUGGCCAAGAGCAGAACUACCAAGUGCAAUAUGUGGACUCGGAGCUGUACCACAGCAACUCCAGCCAGACACAAAUGACCUAUCCAUUCUGCCCGGUGGGGGAUUACCAGGGCAACGGCCAGACGGCCUACUACUCAACCACGGGUCAAUAUGGUGCCACCUCAUCGGCCGGUGGCUCCUCAAAUGGGGCACACUCCACCACACUGCCGUACCUGGUGCCUGUGGAGGAGGGCAUCCUCCUUAACGGCUCCACACACUCGCUGUCGCAGUCGCAGUCUCAGUCACAAUCGCAUGGACGCGAUUCGCCGCACAGCCUGACGGUGAGUAGCAGGGAUUGGGAGCGGGAUGCGGACCGGGUGAACGGAACUAAUCGCCACUGGGUGCAGGAGGUCGCGUACAUCCAGGAGGCGCAGAGCACGCCCCAGACGCCCACCUCGACGACCACGACCCAUUCGGCUAGCGGCGGCAGCCUGGGAACAGGCGGCGGAGGGGCCUCCCCAGACUCUGACCAGAGUGCGCUCGGCAGCAGCAACAAGAUUGCCUCGGCAACGAUCAAGUGGCUGUCGCGCAACUACGAAACGGCGGACGGGGUGAGCCUGCCCAGGAGUACGCUGUACAACCAUUACAUGCAGCAUUGCAGCGAACACAAACUGGAGCCCGUGAAUGCGGCCAGCUUCGGCAAGCUGAUACGCUCUGUGUUCUCCGGACUGCGCACACGUCGCCUGGGCACGCGCGGCAACUCCAAGUAUCACUACUAUGGCAUCCGCAUCAAGCCCGGCUCCCUGCUGAACAGUCAGGCCAUGGACGACAAGCAGAUGCUGGCUGCCGGCUAUGGCCCAUCACCGGAUGGAUCGGGAUCUGGUGGACCAGGACCCAUGGUCAGUGUGACCAGCAGCACAGCCGGACAAUUGUCCGGAUCAAAUGGACUGGGCGGUGGCCACGGACAGCGACACAGCAACGGCACCAAGAAGCACACCUUCAAGCCGGAGACCUAUGAGACUUGUAUUUUAUACAUUGGCGAUGGGACGAGUGCCCUGCCCUCGUUUCCGGCUAUCGAGCUGAACCAUAGUUUCAACAGCGAACUGACUUUGGAAGAUGUGGACACAUUCCGGGCCUUAUACCGCGAGCAUUGUGAGUCCUUCCUGGAUGCAGUGCUCAAUCUGGAGUUCAACACCGUGGAGUUCCUGCUGCGGGACUUCUGGCGGGCCAGCGACAAUAACAACCUGGAUGAGUGCGAGGAGGAGAAGUACUUGAGCAAAACGAAGCUGUAUCUGUUGUGUCACUGCGCAGAAGUGCAGAAGUUCGUGCGAGAGGUUGACUACCAAUUCUAUCAAAACACCGUUGAUGUCAUUAUACCGGAUGUCCUUCGCUCCAUACCAAAUGCCCUCACCCAGGCCAUCCGUAACUUUGCUAAGAACCUGGAGAUCUGGCUCUGCGAGAGCAUGCUGGGCGUGCCGGAGCAGCUGGCACAGAUCAAGACCAGUGCAGUCUCGGCCUUCUGCCAAACGCUGCGGCGCUACACCUCGCUGAAUCACCUGGCGCAGGCUGCUCGGGCAGUGCUCCAGAAUGGCGCCCAGAUCUCCCAAAUGCUCAGCGAUCUAAAUCGCGUCGAUUUCCACAAUGUACAGGAACAAGCUGCAUGGGUGAGUCAAUGUGCCCCCGCUGUAGUGCAACGUUUGGAGACCGACUUCAAGGCCGCCCUGCAGCAGCAGAGCUCCCUGGAGCAGUGGGCCAGCUGGCUACAACUGGUUGUAGAAUCGGCCAUGGAGGAAUACAACGGGAAACCUACGUAUGCCAGAGCUGCUCGGCAGUUCCUGCUGAAGUGGAGCUUCUACAGCUCGAUGAUCAUCCGGGACCUGACACUAAGAUCCGCCUCCAGUUUCGGCAGCUUCCACCUGAUUCGCCUGCUGUUCGAUGAAUACAUGUUCUAUUUGGUGGAGCACAAGAUUGCCGAGGCCCAAGACAAGACAGCCAUUGCCGUAAUCUGUGAAAGGAUGAAAAAGGACAUGGACUUUGAGUUCGAGUGCCAGUUUGCGUACAUCACCAGCGACACGGAGCAACAGACGACUCCCAGCUCGGCCAGCAGUGGCGGUGACGUAGGCAACGAGGCCAAGCGACUGAAGCAGGAAUGAGGCCCUGAGACUCGGAUGUGGCAGCAGUGGCUGGCAUUGAGCGGAGUAAUCGGAGUAGUGUUUAUGUAACCAGUAAUCGUUGUCCCCAUCAAUGUGCACCCCCAGCCCCUGUCGUCACCAGUCAUUCAGCUCUGCAUUUAAUAGUGGAAUCGUGUUGUAUAUCCGUAAA